ACAUUACAUGUACAAUACCGGGCUCUGCAGUGUUGCAUUCUAUCAUACUAUAUCAAAAUGGCCACAGCGGUACAGAACCCCCUCAAAUCGCAAUCUGGAGGCGCAGUCAUCAAGAACAGUCUUGGAGAGGAGUUUUAUAAGGAGGCCAUCGAACACUGUCGCAGCUACAAUGCCCGUCUGUGUGCAGAGCGCUCCAUGCGGCUCCCUUUCCUGGACUCCCAGACCGGGGUGGCCCAGAGCAACUGCUACAUCUGGAUGGAGAAGAACCACCGUGGACCAGGUCACGCUCCGGGCCAGUUGUACACAUACCCCGCUCGCUGCUGGCGCAAGAAGAGACGGCUAAACAUCUUGGAGGACCCGCGGCUUGUACCGAUCGAGUUCAAGAUAGACUACGAGGCAUCUUUAAAGAAGGAGGGGGGGAUCCCAGACGGUCCCGUGCUGGAGUCGCUGCUCGCUGGGGAAACCCUGGACAAGAAGGUAGAAACCAAGGAAGAAGAGCCCAUGAGCGAGUGUCAGAAGCUGCUUGUUGGGGAUUUCCCUCAUGAGCUGGAGGCGGACGACAUGGAUGAAGAUGUUCCGAAGCGCAAGAACCGUACCAAAGCACGAGCCUAUGGUGUUGGGGGCAUGAGAAAGAGACAAGAGCUGCCUGCCAUUGAAGACAGAGACAAGCCUUAUGUCUGUGACAUCUGCGGGAAGCGCUAUAAGAACCGCCCAGGGCUGAGUUACCACUACACUCACACACACCUGGCAGAUGAGGAGGGUGAAGAAGACUCAGAGCGACACACGCUACCCUUCCAACGCAAGAACAACCACAAGCCCAAGAAAGCAGCGGAUGGCUCAGUCAUUGCCAACGGCUACUGUGACUUUUGCCUCGGAGGCUCAAAGAAGACCGGCUGUCCUGAAGACCUUAUUUCCUGUGCGGACUGUGGACGCUCAGAAUCUGAUUUUAUGAGAGAACGACCCCCCCGCCCCCCCAGCAUGUAUUUUGACUGUGAAUAGCAAGGAGCAUUUAUUUUAG